AGGAACCCCAAGAUAUCUACUGGUUGGCCCAGUGUCUUUACCUAACAGCUCAGUAUCAUAGGGCAGCACAUGCCCUUCGAUCGCGUAAGCUAGAUAAGUUAUAUGAAGCAUGUCGCUACCUUGCAGCUAGAUGUCAUUAUGCUGCGAAAGAACAUCAGCAGGCCCUGGAUAUUCUUGAUAUGGAAGAGCCAAUCAACAAACGACUUUUUGAAAAGUACUUGAAGGAUGAAAGUGGAUUGAAAGACUCUGCCACAGACUGGGAGAUGUCACAAUCCUCUAUCAAGAGUUCUAUAUGCCUUUUGCGAGGGAAGAUUUAUGAUGCUUUGGAUAAUAGAACCCUAGCAACAUACAGCUACAAAGAGGCCUUGAAGCUUGAUGUUUACUGCUUUGAAGCAUUUGAUCUUUUAACGUCGCACCAUAUGCUGACAGCACAAGAAGAAAAAGAACUUCUUGAGUCUCUACCUCUUAGUAGACAAUGUACAGAAGAAGAGCAAGAACUGCUUCACUUUUUGUUUGAGAAUAAAUUGAAAAAGUAUAAUAAACCCAGUGAAACACUGAUUCCUGAAUCAGUAGAUGGUCUUCAGGAAAACCUGGAUGUGGUAGUAUCCUUAGCUGAAAGACAUUAUUAUAACUGUGAUUUCAAAAUGUGUUACAAGCUUACUUCUGCAGUGAUGGAAAAAGAUCCUUUCCAUGCAAAUUGUUUACCUGUGCAUAUAGGGACACUUGUGGAGCUUAAUAAAGCAAAUGAGCUUUUCUAUCUUUCUCACAAACUGGUGGACUUGUACCCAAAUAAUCCUGUAUCAUGGUUUGCAGUAGGAUGCUACUAUCUCAUGGUUGGCCACAAAAAUGAACAUGCCAGAAGAUAUCUCAGUAAAGCUACUACACUUGAGAGAACCUGCGGACCUGCGUGGAUAGCAUAUGGACAUUCAUUUGCAGUUGAGAGUGAGCAUGACCAGGCAAUGGCUGCAUACUUCACAGCUGCACAGCUCAUGAAAGGGUGUCAUUUGCCGAUGCUCUAUAUUGGACUGGAAUAUGGUUUGACCAACAAUUCAAAGCUAGCUGAAAGGUUUUUCAGCCAAGCUUUAAGCAUUGCACCUGAAGAUCCUUUUGUUAUGCAUGAAGUUGGAGUGGUUGCAUUUCAAAAUGGAGACUGGAAAACUGCAGAAAAGUGGUUUCUUGAUGCACUGGAAAAAAUCAAAGCUAUUGGAAAUGAGGUAACAGUUGAUAAGUGGGAGCCUUUACUGAACAACUUAGGACAUGUCUGCAGAAAACUCAAGAAAUAUGAAGAAGCACUGGAAUAUCAUCGCCAGGCUCUAGUACUAAUUCCUCAAAAUGCUUCUACUUACUCUGCUAUUGGCUACAUACAUAGUCUAAUGGGCAAUUUUGAAAGUGCAAUCGACUAUUUUCAUACGGCCCUUGGUCUUAGGAGGGAUGACACAUUUUCAGUCACAAUGCUUGGUCAUUGUAUAGAAAUGUAUAUUGGUGAUUCUGAAGCCUACAUUG